AGUCUUGGCCUCAAGACCCGAGCCGCGCGGCAAAAGCCGCAGGUCUGAUCGACGAAAGUGCCAGCCACUGCGAGCCAUGUUUUGGCUUCUGGCUGCAAGUUUGGUAUCAGCUUCCGCAAAUGUGCAAGGCUACUUCACCAUUCGGAGCUCAGUGGACACCAGCAAGUGCCUCACAGUUGGUUCGAGAGGUUAUUAUAGCAAACUGAAUUUGUGGAUGCAAGACUGUAAUGAACAAAGACAUUCAAUGGCGAACUCUCAUGUUUGGUAUUGGAACAAUACCUGGCUGGUGAACGGAUUCCAGAAAUUCGAGCAUGAGCGGACCGAGUACACCGGCUGUGCCAGUUUCUAUAAGGCAAGUUACGGGCUUCACGGAAGACCCUUGCGGGUCAACAGCUGCGAGCAGGGUCUGCAGUACCAGGAUUGGAUUUGGGACAAUGGGCGUAUCAGACACCUCCACAGUGACCACUGCUUUGACCUUCCAGGCUUCAAUUUCACUGACUUCGAAGGCUAUGAUUCUUUUGCUCACUAUUGGAAGGUGGGCACCCCGGUGCAACUCGGAGCACUGGACAAUGCAGACGACGACCAAUUCUUUGAGCUGUGGCCAGUGACGAGUCUAGGAGCGCCCUCUGGCUUCGAACCGUGGACUCCAAGUCCCCAACAGGUGCCACAGGGUUGGAGCAGAAACUUCGAAGUGGUCUUUCCGGGGUGCCCGGACGGAUCUCCUGGCGAACGCAACCUUUGCCCCGUAGACCAGCGUCAUUGGGAGUGGGACCCGUGUUUCGGUGGUAGUAUUAGACUGCGCCCUGUUUGUCCAGCUGGGUAUUUCGUGUAUGCGCCGGCAACAUCCCUUUGGGAUAGCGACGGUGGCCAUGUGGCCUAUACUUGCUGUGUGGGAGAGAGUGAUCGUGAGAUCAUGGACUGGCUUUUCCUCCCACCUCUCGCUAUGUGCUUCCUCGUCCUAGGGAUUGCAGGCGUGGUGGCUUCCAUCCUAUUGAAGAUCUGCUUGAAAGCCGGCAUUGCAGCGCCAACCGCUGAGGAUACCCAACUGGUGGAAAAAUCCUCCGGUGUACGAUGGAGCCACACUGCACCGGGAAGUGGACCAGGACUUAUGGUGUGUGACUCUGGCAGAUUUGCAGCAGUUCAAGCGCCUGGUGCACGCUGCAGUCAUGAAGGGCGACAUCCGUCCCACCGAUCGCGAUCAGUUUCUGGUGAAGGACAAAACGAUUGGGCCGUCGGUCUACACUGUCACAGAGCAGUUCAUCAAGCCGGUGACACUAAAAGCUGGGAGCGUCAGUUGGGCAUUGUUAAAGCAUCCUGACGGCCUGCGCUGUGACGUCUUUGUCACUCAUGCAUGGUCCGAAGGCAUCUAUGAAUUCAUCGACAAAGUCGAGUAUUCUUAUCCCCCGGGAGCAACCGGAUGUUAUGUGUGCUUCUUGUCCAAUCCGCAGAACCUGGAUAUUUCGGACCUGAUACAAAGCCCCCAAGAGUCACCCUUUGCCAAAGCUUUGCACGCUUCAUCCUCCAUUCUUGUGGUCACCAAUCAGGUCAGCAGCAUUUACACCCGCAUUUGGUGUGUUUACGAAGCAUUCCUGGGCUAUACGCUGGACAAACAAAUCCGGACGGCGAGGUCACCUUUGCGUCUACUGCCGGACAUGUUAGCGGUCUCCGGCACCGGCCUUGCCGCCUUGGGUGCGCUCAUUUUGAUAUUAAUAGAGAAAGCAACCUUCAAAGGCUUCCACAGAUCCUCUGUGGUAUAUGAGGUGGAAGAUGUGAGGAGAGCAGGCUUUGUUUCGACUGCGGUGAGUGUUGGUGCAAUCCUGUUUUUGUUCUUGAUGAAGAAGCAUGGCUGGAUCACAUGCCAGCUUGCAAUGUAUGUCUUCAGCAUGUGCUUGGCCGUGUUCUUGGCAGCGGACAUAUGCUUGAAAGGCUUUACUUCAGAGCCAGCGCUCUCUGCAUUUUUCAUCGCAGUAUUUGCGCUACCUGCGGUGGAGGGAGACCGGCUGCGGGCCGCAGAAGCGAACCGGCAAGCUCAGCUGCUGCGGCAAGGCUUCACAGACACGGUCAGAAAUGCGACCAGUUCCAACCCCGUUGAUUUGAACAAUAUCUUGGUCGAGAUCGAGCAAAGUGGGCAAUUGAACGCAGUCGAUGAGACAGUGAAGGCACUGCAGGCUAUGAACUUGUCCACGAGGGAAUUGCGUCAAGUGACCAAGCGUGUUGGGCCGCUUGGCAAUUGUUCGGGCUGGAGCAGAGCAACUUUCACCUGUGUUUGUGGCCUCUUGGUAUUUCAGUUUGUUCAGAUCAAAAAGUACAGAAUCGAUGAGUAUGGGCCACGGUUUCCCCUCAUGACACCUCCUGCAAUUUCCUGGGUCCUUCUCAGCGCCGCCGCACUGGAAGCGAUUGUGUGGCCCGUCAUGUUCUGUUGCUUGCCGGUUGAGAGAAAGUCCUUUAGCGCAAGAUGCUGCGUCUUCUUGUUGCUUUUGCUUCCUGGAAUCUUUGGCGUCGUCUGGACUGGGCGUUCAUACGAUAUGGCCGCGAACCUUGCGAUCAUUCCAUUCGUUCUUUUCUUGUGCAUCCUCGGCCCAGGGAGGAUUUCGCUGGUUCCCUGCGGCCCAGCUCUCCUUCGAUUGCUCUUCGGCCGACGGCCCUGGGGGUCUCGAGACCCGGAUCCGAAAGCAAGUGACUCGCCUGGGCCAAUGGAUGUGCCACGAGAUGUGCCAAUUGAUGUGCAUGAGGAACCUGAAGCCGUGCAAAAUCCCGAUGCGCAGGGUGUGCAACAUGAAGAACCGGAUGACGCCUUGUCCAGUUCUGACGAAGGCAACACACCGGGGUAUGUUGUAGAAGUCUUCUGAGAGAUAUCACGUUUCACAAGGUCUCUCAAUGUUUCACCAUGUUCAUACUGCUUUUUUGAUGCAUGCAUUGACACAUGCGCAAAUGUAUCGGCACAAUACCAGUAGCGCCGGAGAAACCGCUGUGC